AUGUCUGAGGCAGGGCGACAAAAGCAGCAGCAGCAGCAGCAGCAGCAGGUGCAGCAGCAGGUGCAGCAGCAGCAGCAGCAGCAGCAGCAGCAGCAGCAGCAGCAGAAGCAGGUGCAGCAGCUGGAGCAGCAACAGCAGCAGGAGCAGCAACAGCAGCAGGAGCAGCAGCAGCAGCAGCAGCAGUCGCACCACCAACAGGAUGCAAACCUGCUGGGCCAGCUCCUGGCCGAUUUGGAGGGCCAACCGUCCCCCAAGGAGGUGGCCCAAGUGCUCGCCCCAGACGGGGUCCCGGCCGCGCAGGAGCUGACCGCAAAGGCCGCCAUAGAGGGCCGUCCAACGCACCCUGUGGGCCCGUUCCAGUCUGCAGAAGACUGGGAAAUGCUGCUGUGCAACGACGUCCUUGAGGACCGCAUCUUCGGGCUGGAAGCUGCCCCCCAGCUGCUUGCGGCGAGGGGCAUCAGCUGGCCCGGGCAGCUGUUUGAGAUGGGCGACGCCGCGGUGGCUGAGCUGCUGUGCUGCACAGACAAGACGGCGGCAAAAGUGCGCAGGCGGCUGCUGCGCUACGACGCCUUCAAGAGGGGCCUGCCGGUGAAUGAGUGCUUCCAGCUGCAGGGGCGGCCGCCCCGCGCCCUCACGGACAGCCAGGGGGAGGCGCCGCAGACAGGGGAGGGGUGCGAGGACGAGGCCCUGGUGGACGGCGCGGAGGAGCCGGAUGAGGCGGCGGGCCUGCUGGGCGAUUCGCUGUUCGUGGAGCUUGCCCCUGUGGACGGCCCAGCCUGCGGGGCGAUCAGCUUGGGGCAGCUGGAGCGAGUGGAGGGUUUGGUCUGCUUCUGCGGCACGGCCAUCGACCCGGGGUGCAUGCAGGGCAAGCGCCUAGAGCUGCGCGGGCCGUACGGCCAGCUGCGGGAGCCGUGCGUCGUGGACGCGCCCGCCCUGCCCUUUGUCUGGAACCACCCCGAGCUGCGCUACGAAGGCAGUGCCAGCGGCGACAUCUCCGCCAACGUGGCGGGCGCCAUGGCUCGGCUUGCCCUUUGCUGCGGGACCCGCGGCGUCAGGUUUGCUUGGGCCAGCACUUACCUGUACUCGUGGGCUAUCAAGAUGGAGGGCGCCGACUUUGCUGUGUCGCGCGCGUUCCGCUACAACUCAAGGGACCCGGGGGUCGCCGCGAUGGUGUAUUUCGUAUGCCAUAUGGCUCUGAAGGACGUCCACAGGAUGGCGCCAUGGACGCCCGCAGAGGCUCUGCCAGGCGCAGCUGCAGGGUAUGGCAGCAGCAGCAGCAGCAGCAGCAGCAGCACCGGCAGCAGCAGCAGCAGCAGCAGCAGCAGCAGCAGCAGCAGUGCCCGCGGGCAGGAGCAUGGCAGCGGCGGAGGCAGCAGCACCGGCGGAGGCGGCACGACCGGGGCAGGCGGCAGCGACGCAGGGGGCGGCAGCGGCGCGGGGGCCGACAGCACCAUCCCCCCGACUCAGCUGCGCGUGUGCACCAGUGGGUUUACCGGCGUUGAGACAAGUUUUGCCCAGAGCAGCCAGCACGCCUCCACGGCUUCGCGCCCCGCGGACGCCGCCCCCGACGACGGCCGGCAAACCGAGCGGCUGCCGCUCGCGGCGGCCUGGGGCGAGCUGCAGGCGGCAGCCGCGGCAGUGGACCUCGAGCAGGUGGUCGACGUGGUUGGCACGGGCAAGUCUGGCCUGGUCUUCAGCUACAGGCAGCCGAGCGGGAGGCUCCUGGCUCUGAAGGUGUCCCCGCUUGGCUCAGCCAAAGCCGCCGCGCUCCUGCACGAGGCCCGGGCGAAGCUGGCGCUGCGGGCGCACUGGGGCGCGUUCGUGCCGCCCCUGGUCGCGGCCGGGGCGGAGAGCCGCGGCGACGGCUUUGUCACUGCCACUCAGUACAUCCGGGGGCGCUACCUCGACCCGGCCCGGGAUCAGCACCUCCUACCGCAGCUUGAGUCUGCGCUGGCGGCUGCGCAUGCGUGCGGGGUCGCACACGGCGACCUCCGGGAGAGCAACGUGCUGGUGCAGAGCGAGCCCGACGGCGGGCAGCGCGCGUGGCUGAUCGAUUGGGGGGACGCGGCGCUGGGUGCGUCGCAGCAGGAUAUGGAGGCGGACAGGCUGUCCCUGAGGGGCCUGUUUCGGAGCAGGGCUGUGCAGCUGUAG